GUAAAAGAGCAUUUUCUUUUGUCACUCUGUACCGUCGCAAAAUGAGCUAUCCAUACUACUCUCCUCCGCCACCACCUCCGUCUUACGACUUUGCCUCUCCGCCACCGCCGCCGCCGCCAACUCCAGCAUGUGAUUUUGGCAUUCCACCUCCUCCGCCUAGCCCCCAUAAUGUUCACCCACCAAAACCAUCGCCGGCGUCAUGGUCGUCACCUCCACCGCCACACUCUCCCCACCAUUCCCACCCAAAACCACCUCCACCGCACUACCACCCGGUACCGCCCCCGCCGUCACAGAAUCAUCAUGUCUAUAAGAGCCCUCCCCCUCCUCAAUACCACAACCAUCCAACGUCCCCCCCACCACCAUGCAAUGAUCACCGCCCUAUUCACCCAACCCCACCACCAUCGCCUCCCAAAAACCACCAUGAGCCACCGCCAUCCAGUCCAUCACCGCCACCAUCUUAUCCUGGAUCACCACCAACUCCCUUGCCCUAUCCAAGUGCACCAUCACCAAUGCAAAGUUACACUCCUCCAGCACCUUCCUCUCCAUAUAAGCCACCACCACAUGAAAUUCCGCCACCGCACUCAAGCAUAUCUCCAUCUCCCACGCCAUCCUAUCCACCUCCGCGCCCCAGCUCCGCACCGCCGCCUAAUCUCACGUCGCCCCCAACCCCAACUCCGACCGCCAAUAGUCCGACUUCACCACCAUCUCAUUCUACUCAACCUCCAGUACCAACACUGAGCCCUGGCCCACAACCGCCGCUGUCGCCACCGGCCUCCUCUCCCACAUCUCCAAUUGGCCAACCACCGACUAAGCCGGCAAGUGCACCGGCCCCCACUAAGAGUUCAAGCCCACCACCAAAAGCAUCACCACCCUACAACAAGCCACCCCCAUCCUAUCUCGCACCUUCUCCAAAUAAUGUGUACACACCGCCCAUCUAUGGCGCGCCACCGCCACGCAGAUCACUAUCCCCAUCAUCCCCAGCCCUUCCUCCACCACCUCCUUCCUCUGGAGGAGGAAACCACACCACCGUGAUCGUAGUGUGCGCGUCGCUCGGCGGCGUCUUCAUUCUGGCGUUCCUCGCAUUGGGGCUCUUCUGUUUGGCCAAGAAGAAGAGGAAGCCGGCGAUGGUCCCUGCAGCUGCUUGCGUGGAUGUGGAGGAGCACGAAGUAGUCCACGAGGUCAUAACAACCGGGCCAUGCGGCGAACAGUCAGCAACGGUCGAUAUAGAAGAGGACAUGGAGAUUCGUGUGGCCGGUGGUGCCGUAACCGGUCCUGGCGUUGGUGUUGCUGCUGCUGGGGCUCAAUCUUCUUGUGAACCUCAGCCGACCGGCGGCUCUGGCCAUUACGGUUCGGGACGUAACAGCAACUGCUGAGUCUGCGAAACUCGGUCUGGCCAUGAACUAUGCCAAGCGUCGAGAUUUUCUUGUGGUCGCGAGCUUGUGAUUUGCUUUUGUGGGGGAAGAGAUCGUAUCUGUCACGUGUGUUUUGAUUCUUUACGGUUGGGGAUUGGACUUGGAUUGAAUUGUGUUUUCGUUUUGACGUGAGAUAGCCAUGCACAGAAAAUUUGAUGUGACUUAAGCAUGGGCAAUUGUGCUCUUUUUGCUAAAUUUGUUUUCCACUGGAUUUGUGCUAAUUCAUUGUGCAUUUUCUUUGGAUUUACGACAAUGAUUAAAACCCAUUUAGGAUGUUUA